GAAAGGCCGAAUUGAAUUUAGGCUAGACAAUUUUAAGUUUCCUGGUAAAUUCGUUGGAAAUCAUUUGGAAAGAUGGCAGAUGAGGCUACAGCUGUUACGAAGUUUGAAGACGAAGAUGUGGAAAAUUUCCUAGAGACUGCCGUUGAGGUGGCUAGAAAUGCUGGCCAGGUAGUUAAGGCAGCAUUUGCACUUGAGAAGAGGGUAGAAACCAAAAGUUCAGCAGCAGAUCUAGUCACAGAAACUGAUCAGAAUGUGGAGAAAAUGAUCAUAGGCACCCUGCGAGAAAAAUUUCCAGAUCAUUGUUUUAUAGGCGAGGAGAGCGUAGCUGCCGGUCAGAAGAUAGAGCUGACGGAUGCCCCUACAUGGAUCAUCGAUCCUGUUGACGGAACCACCAACUUUGUCCAUAGCUUUCCUUUUGUUGCUGUUUGCAUUGGUCUGGCCAUCAACAAAAACCUAGUUGCAGGAGUGGUAUACAAUGCUAUCUUAGAUGAAAUGUUCACUGCCAUCAAAGGCAAAGGGGCUUAUUGUAAUGAUGCUCAGAUCAACUGCUCAGGUCAAGAAGACAUCAAACAGUCACUGGUGAUGACAGAGAUAGGGUCAAGUAGGAAGGUAGAGCACAUCACAGCUAAGCUGAAGAACAUCGAGGACAUACUUCGGACAGGUGUUCAUGGUAUGAGGUCGCUUGGUUCUGCUGCCCUCAACAUGUGCCAUGUAGCUCGUGGUGACAGCGACCUCUAUGUUGAAUAUGGUAUUCAUUGUUGGGAUAUGGCUGCGGCUGCUGUUAUCCUUGAAGAGGCCGGGGGAUAUUGUGCAGAUCCUAGAGGUGGCCCCUUGGAUAUCAUGUCCAGACAGAUCAUUUGUGGGAGCAGCGUAAAGCUGGUGGAGACCGUCUCCAAACUCCUCACUCAUAUAGAGUACGAACGAGACUGAGGGCCAAUCAUCGGAGUACUACAUUUUAUGCUGUACAUACGUGUAGAAGAUGAACUUUGGAAAAAAUAUAUUUGGUAAUUCAUGUAUAUAUAUAUAUCUGGUCACUUACAUUGUAGAUAGAUAUAGCUGGUAAUGGCAGAUGUUAGUCUUUAUCAUGUAGAAAAAUGAUGUUAGAAGUGAGGUGAAGUUAAAUGUAUGUAUUUAGCUGAAGAGGAAUAGCUUUCACUGAAAUACCCAUAGUCAUAGCCAUGAAUAGUGCAGUCAAACUCAAAGACUCUCCUAUAAGGGAGUUUACAGAUACAAUCUGCGCGUGGGCAGAUAAAGGUAAUUUGUACCAAAAAGGUAAAACCCACAGAGAUGAAUACUGGAUAUGCGCUCAUGAAAGUUAUGUAACAUUAUUCAUUUAUGCACCAACGGUACAUUGAACCAUCUAAAUUCAAUUCUAUUCAAUAACAACUGCUUGUAAAACUCGUCAUUGGUAUCAAUUAAACAUUUUCUGACAGACCACUUCCACUGCCGCUUUUCUUGUCUCCAUUGAGCAAUCUUUACAUACAGGUUUAAAAGGCAUUGCAGGGAUAUGCAAGGUGAAAAUCCCAGACUUGUAAAAGGUCCAAAAUGUUGUAAAUAUUCUAAAUUGAACACUUUCCUAAAGGUAUGGUUGCAAAAUAUUCAUUAUUGGUAAAAUCAAAGUCGUGUUUAUUUUCAAAUUUGAAUUUUGCAAGUGGCAGUGUUUCAUUCACCCCAUUUGUUGGGUACACAUUGAGGGCUUCAAUUUUCACUCAGUAAAAAGAAAACCAUAGAGUAUUUUGCAUAUUUAGCAUUUAGUUCCGUAAGCUCACCUUGCUGCUACAGAUCAGUUUUGAGAUUUUGAGGUCUUGUAAGUCCUUCGUAGGUGCUUUAACUGUAUAUUAUUAACCCUAAUCUGUUCUCAAUACAGUUUUUGUGACAAUGGUUAGCUCUAAGCUAGCUAACUGAGUAAGAGAAUAUCGAGGAAUAGGUGACACAAAGACGUAACUCCAUUUUGGCCAUUUUGAGAAAAAGUGGUUUAUGUGUCACUGAGCACUUGGGCCUUUUAAAGGAGUUAAGUCUAUGUUUCACUAACCAUUGACUCUAAGGGGGUGUUGGGUGGAGUUAAGUCUUUGUGUUUCCUGUAAAGCCCACAGUUUUCUGAACAUGUUGAUAUCAAAUACUCAUUUUGGCAAAAUAUGGAGUUACGUCUUUGUGUCACUGAACCCUCUAUAUUAUAUCUAAGAUUCAUCACGACACUAUCUUACAAGGUAGCUCAUUACCAGAUCAGGGCUGCAAACUGCCAAAUUCAACUCAACUUACCUCAGGUCAUCAUCAUUACUUGUUGCCGGGAGAGAACAGAACAGAAGAAAUGCUCUAAUUUAUGAUUCCACAUUAAUAUGAUUU